UCUUCGACCUCUGGAAUGUAAGCAUCAGGAAAACACAACAAACACACACACACACACACACACACACUCAGAAUAUAGUGUUUCUUGUCAGUUAUGUUGUGCUUGCCUAGUGCAUUCUGGGAGUUGUAGGGAAAGGCAAACACACACACACACACUCGUGUAUAGAAGUGUGUGAGCGUGCAGAGUGAUGUCUGACAGCAGGAAAAAGCCAAAACUCCAAGGCCUAGUGGGAUUCACCAAAUUUCUGGUUCAGAACCUGUUGAAGUGAUAACAUGCUGCUAGAGUGUCUUCAUCAUCAACAUGGAUCCUUUCCCAUGUGAACCAGCCAUUAUUCCUCCUCCUCCUCCUCCUCCUCCCCCCAUUCUCCACCCACUCCAGAAUUCCAGUUCUGGUUCUGGUUCUGGUUCCAGUGUGAGGCGGCUCCGCAGUGUGUUUUGGGAGAGAAUCCCUCAGGAACGUGUGGAGGGAAAACGCAGCGUCUGGAGCGAAUCAGAUGAGCUUCUGAUCGAUCUCAGUUGUCUGGACGAGCUCUUUCAACAGUCACAGGUCAAACUGCUCGGGGUCAAAGGUCACUGUGACAGAGAUAAACACGCUAGCAAAAGCACGUCUCAGGACAAUAGUCCACAGAAGGUGUGUAUUCUGGGGGAAAGGAGUAGUCUGAAAGUUGGGAUUUUCAUGCAUCAUGUAAAGAGGUGA